AUGGCAGACCUCACUAUCCCUGCGGCUCUGCGACAGGCCGACAUCAACAUCUGGAAAUGCGCAAACAAAGCUGCGCAGCUGCAGACGGUGAAGCCGAUUAUGGCUUACUGGUGCGAGUACUGGACCGUCAACCAAAUUCUGGCCAAGGGGCUGCAUACCACCGACGACGACAUCCUACGCUACACCGAGGCCCUGGUGUCGAAACUUGAGAAGACGAAGGCUGAGUAUGCCAAUGAACCCGCCAUCACAGACGACGCCGCCGGACAAGCAUACGUCGAGCAGUUCGCCCAGGAGAUUUUGGACCGCGCCGAGCGGGUAGUGAGGGCGAACAAGGUCACUCAACAAACAGCAACGACAUUUGACGCUGCCGCAACUUUCUUCCACGUGGUAAACAUUUGGGGGCCUGCCGAUCAGGAGACACAACAGAAGAUCAAGUACGCGAAAUGGAAUGCGGCGCGGAUUAUGAAAGCCAUCAAGGAAGGCAAAGACCCCAACGAGUCAAAUCCUAAACACGAAGCGCCGACACGCCCGACACAAACGGAGACUGAGCCGACAGAGGCCGCCUUUCAAGCUCCAACAAGGCCGAGGCCAGUAACCGUGGAGGAGGUUCCUGAUAUCGAUCUUCAGAGGGAUGCUGCUGGCGUAUCACUUCCGCAGAGCCCAGUUUCGGCCACAGCCGCUUCAGUUGCGCCCAGUGCUCCCUCCGUAUCGGAUGGAGAGCUCAGGUUACCUCAAGUUCCAAGUGACCUCGGGCCACCAGAGCAGCCAGGGAACAUUACGCAGGAACCCACGGUCUUUCCGCCAUCACAUCAUAAGGGCAGUUUCCAGUCCACAGAUGAUUUUCCUUCGCCGCCCAGCUGGCCACAACCACAGCCUUCGAGCCCAUCACCUCUUGCUGUGGGCAACUUCCCCAACAUGCCCCGAGAAUCCUCGAAUUUCCCCUCUACUCUCCCAGUCGUGCCGCCACUGCCAACAGCUCCUCAUCCCAGCAGUAUCCCUCCGCCAACAUUCGGGUACAUAUCAUCGCCCCCUUCGACAAACUAUGUCCCUCCCACUCAGACAGGAGCUGUAGUCGACGAAGCAGCAAUGGUUGAGGCUCAAAAACACGCCAAGUAUGCCAUAUCGGCUCUCAAUUUUGAUGAUGUACCCACAGCAAUUAAGGAGCUACGCAGGGCUCUGGAGUUACUUGGUGCUCGCUAA